AUGGUGGGCUCGCUCGCCUUCAGUAGCGGACCGAAGAAGACGCUGUGGUCAAUUUUGAAGCAAUUGUGGAAUGAAAUACUCUAUAUCGUUGGAAUCAUAGAUCUAUCAUCUAAAUAUCGAGAAUGGCUAGUCGACAGGUUCUUGGCCCCGAACUAUCCGGAAUAUAAAUACGGAGCUCUGAACGCGCCGGAUCAAAUUAGGCUGGUGCAACUCAGACCGACUUUCCUUGGAGGAAUACAGUGUGAAAUCAUUCAAGUGCGUUUGCAUGACGCUCUUGCGUACGACGCUAUCUCAUACACCUGGGGCGAUCCUGCCAAAAAAUUCAAUCUCAAACUGCAAGAUGGUCAAUAUCUUCCAAUAACUUCAAGCGUACACGAUAUCCUCCGCCAACGAGCCUCCAUAUUCCGCACUCGAAAUCUCUGGAUCGACUCGAUUUGUAUCAAUCAAGGUGACACGCCCGAAAAGACCUCGCAGGUACUUCUUAUGCAACAGAUCUAUGCAAGAGCAUCUAGAACUGUCGUUUGCUUGGGUGAUUCUUCUGAUGCUGGGGUUGCAGUCAAUUUCCUGUAUGAAAUGUACUUCCGUUUACUAUGUCUGAUCGCCGAGGAAGGCGAUCUGGCAAUUCGGAAGGAUAUCGAUGCGCCCAACCCAAAAUGGACAGCAGUACGACGGCUGCUCUACCACCCAUAUUGGUCCAGAGUCUGGGUUAUUCAAGAGGUUGCGGUAGCAAAAGUGGUACAUAUUAUCUACGGUGGAAGAUACAUUGACUGGGACCUCUUUGCCACAGUUAUGCGUGCGCUGGAAUCCGAAAAGGCCGGUAGUCUCGAACAGAUUAUGGAUACUUCAGAGAGCGGAGGCGCAAUGCCCCGUGGUAGAGUUGAGCAGGUCUGCACAAUGGCAAAAAUAAGGGACAAAUUCCAGCAAAACAACAAAGCCUCUCUUCCACAAACGUUAGUAGAGUGCUGGAAUUUCGAAGCUACAAACGCCAGGGAUCGUAUAUUUGCCAUUCAAGGAAUCACAACAGCAGUCGAUGAACGUGCGCUUGAACCGAACUACGACUCGACAACGCUAGAGGUCUAUAUGGAAGCAGGUCGCUACGCGUUACUCUCUAAAGAACCUUUCUCUCUCUUCUCAUUUGCCGGGAUGUUGCGACGUGGGGAUCUGGGUGAACUGCCGUCCUGGGUACCAGAUUGGACUUUCAAUUCCCAGCUCCGCCCACUGGAUCAGAUCACUGCUUGCACCAACUUCCGAGCAGGGGGAACCGGAACGGCAUGCAUUAGUCCAUUACCAGACCGUCGUCAGAUCAAGAUAGAGGCCAUAGUGCUCGAUCCUGUGUUCCGAGUAGCCACUGUAAUGCCUUUAUCUACGGAUUUGCCCACCUGUGGGAGUGAUACUCCCUGGACCCAACCAGACAUCAAGGCCUUUGCUACCUCGCGUGACUCUGCAAGACGGCAAGAGGCGUAUCAAAUGGCGGAGCAGUGGACCUCGGAUCCAUAUAUCAAUGGACAACCGAGAGCGGAGGCAUUGUGGCGAACAUUCAUAUGUGACACCUCUACCACAUCUCGACCUGCAGAGCCAGAAAUUGCCGAAGCUUUCACAGCCACCACGAGAAUAUCAUCACCAGAGGCCUUAGCGGCAGUUGAAGCGGUGAACAAUUGUACUCAGUUAUUGAUGCAAAUAAUAUCGCUGGAAACAUCCACGCGGAUGGGUCUGCUACUCGCGCGUGGGAUCGCGCAGAGGCAGUUUGCUGUGACCAAGAAAGGGUUUAUGGCGCUGGUCCCUCUGGGAACGGAGGAGAGAGAUCAAAUCUGCAUUUUCCCUGGAUGUCGGAUGCCGUUUAUUCUUCGUCGAGAUAGUGUAGGUAAUGGAAUUCAGGGAGGAGAUCAAUGUUAUCGACUUGUCGGUGAGGCGUAUGUCCACGGUUUUAUGGAUGGCGAGGCGCUGGUAUUUGGUAUGAAGCUCGAGUUUGUCGUUCUGCGAUAA